AUGACCCUCUUACCCUUACCCUUCCUCUUUCUCUUUCUCACUUCACUGCCCUUUUCUGUAAUUUCGCAGCUCGACGAACGGUCAACACUCCUCACCCUGAAACGCGGUCUCGGAGACCCACCGUCUCUCCGCCUAUGGAACACCACAUCUACCCCUUGCGACUGGUCGGAGAUUACCUGCGUGUCCGGAAACGUCACCGGGAUAAGUCUCAAGAACAAGAUCAUCACCGCAACGGUUCCGACCAAUAUAUGCGAUUUCCCAAACCUGGAAACUCUCGACUUGUCGUCUAAUCGAUUCUCCGGAGACUUUCCUACCGUUCUCUACAACUGCACCAAGCUUCGCCAUCUCGACCUCUCCCAGAACUACUUCAACUGUACACUGCCCGCCGACAUCAACCGUCUCUCACCACAACUCGAGCUUCUCAACCUCGGAGCUAACGCCUUCUCCGGAGAUAUCCCAACGGAGUUAACGUCUCUUUCGAAACUCAAAUCAAUCUUUCUCGAUUCAAACAAUCUCUCCGGCGAGUUGCCGGAGGAAAUCAUCUCAUGGAAGUCGUUGGUGACGUUGAGUCUGUCAAAAAACAAACUUUCCGGGAAGAUUCCUAGAGCUCUAGGGCUGUUGCCACGCUUGGUCGAUCUUGAUCUGUCGGAGAACAAACUCUCAGGCGAAAUCCCACCGGAGAUCGGGAACCUGAAGUUCAAAACGCUUAACUUUUCGUCAAACAUGCUCACCGGAGAAGUACCGGACAAACUGGAUAACCUUGCGUACGAGACAAGUUUCUUGAACAACACCAAUCUCUGCGCAGACAAACGCGUUGUUAAGUUACAGGAUUGUCGGAAAGUGCUCCGGAGAUCAAAACGGUUGCCUGGGACAAUCUUCGUCGUGAUUGUAGUCAUCGGUGCUCUUAUCCUCGCCGUCACUCUGGUUCUCACAUAA